GAGGAGGAAUUAAGAAAGAGAGAGGUAAGAAAAAUUCAAAGCGAGGUUCUCGGGAACCAAUCUGGAGGAAGGAGAGGGGGUGUGCUGAGGGGGAGGAGAGAGAGAGAGAGAGAGCGAAGACGAUGGCGAUGUUAGAGAUGAACAUUAUUGGGAUAUUCAUGGUGCUUAUGUUGCUUCUCAUCUCCCUCAUCAUCCUUUUCGCCUGCAAGCCAUGGCGCUACCUUUCCCGUUUCCGAUCCUCCCGUUUUUCUUCCUUCAAGGUGGGGGAUUUGCAGAGACCCCUUGUAUCUGAUGAUGGAAAUUUGAUCCAAGGCCAGACCAGUGAGGUCACAAGGGAAUAUGAUUUAGAGGGAGCUUGCUACCAAAAUGAAGGGCUUUUGCAUUCAUCUCUGACUGAGGGACGGGUUUACAAACAAAGGCUUCCUUCUUCGUCUCCCCAUCUCACCCAAGGUGAAAGCUUUGUUCUAAAAAUAAUUUCUGAACCUUCUGACGAUGCUUUGGUGGGCCAAACGCUUAAACAUCCAGCUGAAAAAGUUAGCCUGGAAGAAGCGCAAACAUAUGACUUGCAGAAUAACAUAAGUCAAAACUUGCAACAUGAUCUAGAAAAGGAUAGACUUUCCGAGCUUUCUCCAGGACUUGUUAAAGAUCAACGAAGUUGGCUGUCCCUGGAGGUCAUUGCGGGUCCUUCCAUUGGGCUUCAAUAUGCUGUGCAGUCCACAAGUACCUCCGAGCUGCCAGUGAAACUUGGAAGGGUUUCUCCUGCUGAUUUGAUAUUGAAGGACGCAGAAGUUUCAGGGAAGCAUGCACAAAUAACAUGGAACUCUACUAAAUUAAAAUGGGAGCUGGUAGACUUGGGUAGCCUAAAUGGAACUCUCUUGAACUCUCGAUCAGUAAGUCAUCCUGAUUUAGGCAAGCGAAAGUGGGGUUACCCUGUCGAGCUUGCAAGUGAAGAUAUAAUAACUCUAGGAACAACUACAAAGGUUUAUGUCCGUAUCUCAUCUCAGAACGAGUUUCAGACACCGUUCAGAAUUGGUGUGGCCUCAGAUCCCAUGGCUGCACGUCGAGGGGGCAGGAAACUUCCAAUGGAAGAUGUUUGUUAUUACAAGUGGCCGCUUCCUGGGGCGAAUAAGUUUGGGCUAUUUUGUGUUUGUGAUGGACAUGGGGGAGCAGGGGCUGCUCAAUCCGCUAGCAAAAUUAUUCCUGAGGUUCUGGCGAAUAUUUUAUCAGACUCUCUGAAGAAGGAGAAAGUGUUAUCAGAAAGAGAUGCUUCGGACGUCCUUAGGGAUGUGCUUGCGAGAACUGAAGCUCGCUUGGAUGAUCACCUAUAUGAGGGUUGUACAGCUACUGUUCUCUUGGUUUGGAAAGACAGUGAAGAAAACUUAUUCGCACAAUGUGCCAAUCUUGGGGAUUCAGCAUGUGUAAUCAAUCUUGAUGGGAGAUAUAUACAAAUGACAGAAGAUCAUCGAGUGACUAGCUUGACCGAGAGAAAACGAGUUCAAGAGGCAGGGCUAUCAUUGAGAGAUGGAGAGACUCGGAUCUUUGGUAUCAACCUUGCAAGGAUGCUUGGAGACAAAUUCCCAAAGCAGCAAGAUAGCCGUUUCAGUGCAGAGCCAUAUAUAAGCAAGCCUUUGCGUAUCGAUCAAUCCAGUACAGACGUAUUUGCUCUAUUGGCUAGUGAUGGGUUAUGGGAUGUGGUGAGUGCAAAGAAAGCUGUGCAGCUGGUGCUUCAGAUGAGAGAGAAAGAGAGAGGGACAGAAAAUAGUGCAGAGAAAAUAGCAAACGGUCUACUGAAUGAAGCAAGAGCGAUGCGUACAAAAGACAACACCUCCAUUAUUUACUUAGAUUUUGAUACUCCCUUGUAAUGUUAGAAAAUUGCAAUUUUUUUUUUGUUUUAAUAUAUUUGGGAAGUGUCUUUCUUUCGUGUACAAUCUUUUGAUUUGUAUCUGUGUAGUAUCAUAUUCAUAGGGUAUAAGAGAACAAAAAAAAACCUCAGGUGCAGAGCUUUAGGAUGGGUCUGGCGAGCCAUAUUUGGUUUCAUCUCUUGCUUAUCUAAUAAUAAUACUAACA